UGAGUAGUUCCCUCUCCUCUCCUCUCCUCCGGCUCACUUGCGCCGUAGUCGUGUGGAUGUGCCGCGCGCUCCGCCGUGUCUCCGUGGCGCAGGACAGGACGGUCGCCACGCCUUCAGGGACGCACCUCUCCACGGCGUCAGCUCCCAGCCCGCGUCCGCCGCUCACCGGUGGAAACCCUGUCCACGGCGAGGACAUUCAACAGGACCCUGUCGCCGGACAUUUCCCUCCACUGACACCGACCAGGCUGCGCAUCUGGACGUCCACUUCUCCCACUGAUGCCAGUUGGACAGGCUCUUUUGUAGACGCUGAUUCAAUAUUUGGGAAAUAUCCGGAGCGGCAGUUUGAUCGAUUUGGCCUCGGAUACAAGUCGGAUCGAAGAUGGGGAUCAAAGUGUAGUGCUGACAGGAAUGCCCCAGACUGUGUGCUCAGGCAUCAUGUUCACCACUCCCAGUGGCUUCAGCCCUCAUCUGGCCUGUGCUGAGCCUGUGGAGGAGGAGGUGGCCCCACGGGAGGGCCCGGAGCCCGGGGCUUCCCUGGCAGACGGGCCCCCGAUCACCUCUGCCUCACUGGACACUCUCAUCCAGAAUCUAGUGCCAACUGCUGAUUACUACCCCGAGAAAGCCUAUGUGUUUACCUUCUUGCUGAGCGCUCGUCUGUUCAUCCCUCCUCCGGAGUUGCUGGCCAGGGUGUGUGAGCUGUGCAUCAAACAGCAGCAGCUGGAUCAGAGCCCACUCGAUACGGCAAAAGUGCGCAAGUUUGGUCCCAAGAUCCUGCAGCUGCUGACGGAGUGGACAGAGACGUUCCCGUCGGACUUCAGGGACGAGAAGAUGGUCGGACACCUUAAAGACUUCAUCAACAGGAUAGCUCCAUGUGAUGAGGCGUACUGGAAAACCCUGAACCAAGUGCUGCAGAAGCUCAGCCAGAGGCUGGCCCAGAUGAGCCAGGGGGAAGAGAGCAUCGUCAAGGUCUCCCUCAACGCUUCCUCCAUCUCUGACAAGCUGGUGGCCUUCAAGACCAAGCCCCCGCCCAUCCAGAAGGACAUGCUCUCCAUCUGCAACGACCCAUACACGCUGGCACAGCAGCUCACCCACGUGGAGCUGGAACAUUUGAGGCAUAUCGGGCCAGAGGAGUUUGUCCAAGCCUUUGUUCAGAAGGACCCGCUAGAUGGAACACAGCCAUGCUUCGGUGACCAGAAGAAGAAAACCUCCAACCUGGAGGCUUAUGUCAGGUGGUUCAACCGACUGUGUUACCUGGUAGCUACGGAGAUCUGCAUGCCGGCAAAGAAAAAACAAAGAGCCCAGGUGAUAGAGUUCUUUAUCGAUGUCGCCAGGGAGUGUUUCAACAUUGGAAACUUCAACUCGCUCAUGGCCAUCAUCUCCGGUAUGAACAUGAGUCCUGUGUCACGGCUGAAGAAGACUUGGGGCAAAGCCAAGACUGCCAAGUUCUUCAUUCUCGAGCAUCAGAUGGAUCCUACGGGAAAUUUUUACAACUACAGGACUGCCCUGAGGGGGGCCGCCCAUCGCUCUCAGACUGCCAACAGCAACAGAGAGAGGAUUGUAAUUCCCUUCUUCAGUCUGCUGAUCAAAGACAUUUAUUUCCUGAAUGAAGGUUGUGCCAAUCGGCUGCCCAAUGGCUACGUCAACUUUGAGAAAUUUGUGGAGCUGGCACGGCAAGUCGGGGAAUUUAUGACAUGGAAACAGGUGGAGUGUCCAUUUGAGGAGGACAGGGCCAUCUUACACUACCUCCACACCGCUCCAAUCUUCAGCGAGGACGGACUCUACCUUGCAUCCUAUGAGAGUGAGAGUCCAGAGAACCAGGUAGAGAAGGACAGGUGGAAAGCACUCAGGUCUAACGUUUUGGGGAAGACAUGAAGCGGUGGCGGCAGCUAAUAACCCUCCCACCAGCGAGGGAGCGUGUGAUCUCACUGCACUAAAAUGAACUGUGAAGGAACCUAGCUGGUACUUAGGUGUUUUUCUAUGAAGUAAUUAUGAAAAAGAAACACGAUGAACGGGAUUCAUCAAGAAGAGUGUAAAAGAAAAAAAGAGAGUGAAUUGAAAAUGUUAAGCUAAAGAAACUGGAUCAAAAUGCUUUUUGGGGCAUAUCAGUGAUGAGGUACAGUAUGUUGGAGAGGAAUUCCGCUUCUCCUCCCCCCAUCCCCUCGAUGUGUGUUUACUCUUUGAAGAAAUGUUUACUACUAUAGAGAGUACAGUUACAGGGAAAACCACUUUCUAAGAUGAAAUUCCUACUGAUGCUUUUGAUGCUUUUCCUCUCCCCCUUUGGUCCUUGUCUACGUAUUACAUUGAACCUUUUUCCCUUAAGUUGUAAUGUACUGUAAUGAAACUUACAAUGAUGUGAAGGGCGCUGGCUAGCCCAUAUCAACUGUCAGAUUUUAUAGGUCUACUGAAGGAAUGGCGACCGUGUGUACAUGUGGAACAACAAAGGAUGACAUGCAUUGAGCAUUGUACCCGAUCAUCUCAUGUGUACUUAUAUGUAUGUGAGUGUGUGUGUUCAUGCAUUCAUGUCACUGUCUUGUUUUUGCAUGAGAAUGACUGGAGAAACCUGUUUGUUGGACAUCUCUUCUUGUGAAUUUAUUUAUUAUACCUUAUGUUGGGACAGUGUUUGACGGGGAUUAUGAACUGUUUUAAAGAGUGUUUACUCCUUUUAAAUGUGUUUUGCCAUUAAUGCAGGAAAACUACAGUAUCGCUUACAGCCAGUCACAGCAGGAGGUGUAGAUUGUGACAUUUUCCCCCACAUCUUUCUGCUCUCCAGGAAGUUUUUCUCUGACUGACAUUCAGUUGUCUGAUAUAUUUAUGGAGAUUUCUGUGCUGACAGAUGUAUAGUUUUUAUUGUAACUUUCCUUUACUGAAUAUGAAGUCCAAUGGCAUGCUACGACCAGGAUGUUUUUAAAUGGGCAUUAAGCAUUAUCUACCUUGUAAAGAUCACUGCAGCAACACAAACUUUGUAGUGACGAGGCAUUGUUGCAUUCUGAAGAAGGACCACGAUGAACUGGAGACUUUUCUCCAGCUAAAAGAAGAGAGAGAGAAACGUGUGCCAUAUGAGUCCCUGGUGGUCAUGAUAAUUCAGGUUCCUCUGACAUGAAAUGUGUUGUUUAUUGUUUUGUGGGGUUGUCACUGAGCUUUGUUUUUGGCAGUUCUGUUGUGGUUCGGGGGCCAUUUGUGAGGGUGUGGGGUGGGAGAACAGGAAGGAUGAGGGUAAAGGGAGCAGGAAUUAUGUAAUUAUAUGCUUUUUAAAAAGUCUUAUUCAGUUUGCCCUAAUUAAUUGAUGUCAGUGUUUUCUCUUAAGAAGCACCUUUCCCUCUUAAUAACAGACCGACUUUAAUUCCCCCUCCUCAUUUGUCAGCAGACUUGCUCUUCUUGUAACAUGUUCCCCAGACAAGUUAAGACUAACGAGAGCCAGAGACGUGAUGUCAAACCUUCCAUUCGAGGUGGUGACAUGUUUUAAUAAAACAUCGCCUGCUGUUGAACAUGUGCUUUCAAUGACGGCUGCUUCCAGGACAUCAGUUCUGUUCUUUGAAACAAUGCACUGCCAAGUCAUCUUUUCACACACACAUACACACACACUUACACACAUCUGUGGGUGCAGUUCAAGGAGUGGCGUAUAUUGUGUAUUUCAUGAGGCCAAGCAGACACACCUUUGGCUUCAACGUGACUGAAAAAUAUGUGACUGGUUCUUUUAAAUCCUUUAAUAAAAACAAGAUCAGCACUUGGUUUUGUUCAUGUCAA